AGGGAGCAGGAGCUGCCCAUAAAUUGCUCUGGAGAAGGAGAGGGGAGAGACGGAGCUAGAGACGCAGCAGAUGCAUUGUCAGGAGCCGAGCUGAGGGUUUUUCCUCUCUCCCUCCCGCGUUUCUUUUGUUGCGUCGGUAUAAAAAUUGGACGCAGGUUGGCAAAGACGACCACCUGCAAGUCUCUCAUCCACGGCCAGGUUGCUGGAGCUCGAUCCAGUGUGUAGCUGGCUGUGCGGCAGGCUAACGGCGGGCUAGCAGGGGGAGAGGAGGGGGGCUGCAAGGCUCUGUGGCAGCGAGAAGAAGAGAAAAAAAGGAGGAGGGGCUGUGGUGGGCUUCCUCUCCCUCACAGACACAUUUUAUUGACUUGCUAAUUGGAUGGGGCACUCGGAGGAGAGGAUGCGGUGACCGAGAGUAGCUGCUCUCCAGAGGAGGGAUACAGGACCAGGGAAGUGUUACUUGGGAUGCGUGAAUCUGGCUGCUUCAUCUCUUCUUCUUUUUUCAUUCUGGAGACAUAACAACAGAUGUUUUUCAGCAUCUCCCAGUGACCCUCACACCGUGCAUGAAUCAUUUUAUGCAUGACAUUGUCGAAUGGAGGCGCCGGCUGCCCGACGCUCCAUGACCAGUGAAUGAUUUAAUUUUGAUGUUUUUUGCACCCUGUUCCUGCUUUUUUUUUUUGUUCAAGGACUGAUCGGAUUUGGCUCUUUUUUUGUCAGCGUCGUUUGAUACGAGUGGUAAUCUAAUGGCAAGAUAAUUUUUUCAUCAAAUCGAAAGGUACAAGAAACUGCAAUGGAUAUUCCUUGGAAAAAUGAAGUCCUGUCCUGGUUGCCAUGACUUGAGAUGUGCAGGUCAGGCUUGGUCCGAGAGCAGGUGCCACUUUGCUGAAGUCCGCUGUCCCAAUGAGCAAGGCAAGCAACACACAGAGACGCACCACCUACCUCAUUUCCCUCACUCUGGUGAAGGUUGAGGCCGUGCCAGAGGAUGUAGCAGGGAACCAGAGGGAGGCUCUUCCAGAGGGGGAAGGGAGUCCUAGGAAGGAGGAGGAGGUGAGCAAUGCCCCUGAAGAGGAUGAAGGACCUGCGUGUAUACCAGUGGGGAGAAUAGAAAACCCACCGGUGGCAGAAGAAGUGGAACAGGUGCAGUAUGUCAAGUAUGGCAGCUCCAUUGAGACCUGGGGGAAGCCUGAAAGGAGAGAAACUCAUGGUCCCCAAAAGGACUUGUGUGUGUCAGUGGGUAAAAGUAAAGACACUUCUUUCGUGCAUCCACCUGCAAGGCAAAUGGUCAAAGUGUACGGAGGGACGACCUCCGAGGGAGCUGUGCGCAGAGAGGGGCCUCGCUCAGACGCCAUGCGCCCUAAGACGGAGCUCUACAGAGAGCCCCCCGUGCUGUUCCUAAAGGGCGAAAAUGGAGCGGAGCUGAACAUUAGAUCACGAUGCAGCCUCCCUUUUUCCAUCCCGCCGCAAGUCAGCCAGCGUCCCGAAGUCCUGAUGAGGUCACACGCAGGAGGCAACCCUGCAUGCUGGAGGGAACUCCGGGAGGCCAAUGCAAGCCUGUAUCACUCUGCAAGGACUUUGGAUCGAAGGGAUAACCACUUUGGGGACCAGUCCCCCUCCAUGGCAGCUACAAGUCUGGGGCCUUACAGGGCGUCCUGGGCCGACAGCGACGGCAGAGGCACGCUCAUUCGCCCGGGAGCUCCCGUCAGCGGAGGAUUUUCCGGCAUAAUGACCAAGGACAGCCCUCAGGGGGAGAGAUUUAAGACGGUCUCGGUUUCCUUGCCUGCACCUCCUGCCACCGACACCUACAGGCCACAAAGAAAAGGUACAAGCCGUACCCUGGACAACAGCGACCUACAUAUGCUCUCAGAGGACCUGAAGAAAGGGAAGGAAGGCCAGCGCGCUCCUCCCCGUGACAGAAAGGUGCUCAAGUUCAUCAGUGGCAUUUUCACCAAAAGUACAGCAGUGCCAGCCAGCGUUGGCACCGCACCACCCGUCUAUCCGGCUGUGGAGAGGGGCUCCAGCGAGGACGAAGCCACAUGCACCAACAGUCAAGAAUGGACCAUGAGCCAAACUGUCCAAGAGCUUCACCUGGGUGUUUUGGGAGGUCUGUGCAGUGGGAAGUCUGCUCUGGUCCACAGACACUUGACCGGAAGUUACCUGCAGCUGGAGAACGCUGAGGGGCGACAAUACAUUAAGGACGUCCUUGUUGAUGGACAGAGCCACCUGUUGAUGAUCAGAGAGGAGACAGAACUCCCAAGUGCUCAGCUUACAACUUGGUUGGAUGCAGUUAUCUUGGUCUUCAGUUUGGAAAAUGAGGCCAGCUUCCAAGAAGUUUACAGAAUCUACCACCAACUGGCCACGCACCGUCCCGUUUCUGAGAUACCUUUUGUAGUAGUGGGUACUCAGGAUAAAAUCAGCAGCUCCAAUCCCAGAGUAAUCGAUGAUGCCAGGGCCAGACAGCUCUGCUCAGAUGUGCGUCGCUGCACAUAUUAUGAAACCUGUGCAACGUACGGGCUCAAUGUCAACCGAGUCUUCACUGACGCUGCUCAAAAGAUAAUGACUGCAAAGAAGCAAGCUGCUCUUGUGGCUUCCUGUAAAUCUCUCCCAAACUCUCCCAGUCAUUCUGGCGGCUCCACCCCGGUUUCGGGUGUCUUUCCGGGACAGGCCAGUAACGGUGGUCAGAGCAGUGAUUACUCUUCAUCACUUCCUUCUACUCCUGUGAUCAGUCAUAAAGAAAUCGGCAAAACAUUGAGAGGGGAAAAGCAAGACAGUGCCACGCCCGGGUCAGUCCGCAGUGCCACCCGGAGACGCACCUCCAGAUUUGCGGGUCGCAGAGGCAGUGACUCCAACAGAAGGAGUGCAGACUGUAUGGGAGAUCUGGGCAGUGGACGCUUCAUUCCCAUCAAACAGGGGAUCUUGCUAAAACGCAGCGGGCACUCGCUCAACAAAGAGUGGAAGAAGAAGUAUGUCACGCUCUCCAACGACGGCAUUCUGUCCUACCACUCCAGUGUCAACGACUACAUGCUGAAUGCACCGGGGAAGGAGAUGGACUUGCUGCGAGUGACGGUGAAGGUGCCAGGCAAGCGGCCACCUCGUGCUGUACCCGCCUACGGCCUUGCAGUCGGACUCAAUGGGCGCGUCAAAGAUGCGCCGGGACCCGAGGGGGUCAGCCCAGUCCCUGUGAGUGCAAGCAACCUCCUGCAAGUGGAGGAAAUGGAAGGGCUGGGUGGUGCACUGUUCCUGAGGGGCAACAGAGGUGUGCAGCGAUGUCCUUCGACUCUCUCUAACCACACUCAAAGUGUUGACUCUGCAGUUGAGGGCGUGUCUAGCUCAUCCUCCACCAAAGACUUAGGUUCCUCCUCGCCGCUGACGGACAGGAAGAAACAUCGCAGAAAGAAAAGCAUGAACCAGAAAGGAGAUGCAACCAUUGGCCAAGCAGAUGCCAAGCGCAAAAUGUGGAAACUUAAAAGCUUUGGUAGCUUAAGAAACGUAAGCAAGACAGAUGAGGAUAACUUUGACUUCCUCAUCGUGUCGAGCACUGGCCAGACGUGGCACUUUGAAGCCCAGAGUGCGGAGGAGAGGGACUCCUGGGUCCAAGCCGUAGAGAGCCAGAUCCUGGCCAGCCUGCAGCUGUGUGAGAGCAGCAAAAAUAAGGCCCGCAGGAACAGCCAGAGCGAGGCAGUGGUUUUGCAGGCAAUCCGCAACGCAAAGGGCAACAACUUCUGUGUUGACUGCAACGCUCCAAAUCCAACAUGGGCCAGUCUGAACCUGGGCGCUCUCAUAUGCAUCGAGUGUUCAGGGAUCCAUAGGAACUUGGGGACCCACCUGUCGCGGGUUCGCUCUCUAGACCUCGAUGAUCUGCCGCGAGAGCUGACGCUGGUUCUGAGUGCCAUCGGCAACCACAUGGUCAACAGCAUAUGGGAGGCUCGUACAUUGGGCAGCCGUAAGCCAGCACCUGAUGCUACACGUGAGGAACGGGAGUUGUGGAUCAGAGCCAAAUAUGAGCAGAAACUCUUUGUGGCGGCAUUGCCCCCUCCCUCUCCUGGCGAGGGCCCAGACAUCACACUAUCUGGCCGUCUUCUUUUGUCUGUGAUGGAGCACAACCUCCCGAAGAUGCUGCUCCUUUUGGCCCAUUGCACUAAGGAGGACAUUAAUGCCCCUCUCAGCCUGGCGCUCUCCUGCAGGUCACUCGUAGCGCUGCGUCUGCCUGGAUCUGCCCUGCACGCUGCCUGUCAGCAGGCGGAUGUGGUGAUGACGCAGCUUCUCGUUUGGUAUGGCUGUGACGUUGGGCUCCGGGAUGCUCAGGGGCGGACAGCUCUGGUUCUGGCUCGCGGCGCUGGCAGCCAGGAAUGCGUCGACAUCUUACUCCAGUACGGGUGCCCAAAUGAACCGGCCUCCUCCUUCUGCGUCGCCACGACAGUUGGUUUUGCAGCAGCUGCCACGCCGAGCUUCCCUGUUGCCAUGACGCCGAGCCUGACGGUUGCCACAACCCUCAAGAUUUCGCACAAGAGCGGCGGCGCCAGCUUGAGUUACAGCACCUCUAGAAGAGCAGUGUCGUAAUCUAAUGUGCUGUGGUAGAGGGUGCGUGUGUGUUUGUGUGGAAGACAGAACGUGUCACUUUGCCCUCAUACUGUCCCGCACCUUCUGCGGGACUGUUGUGGCCAGAUGUUGCACUCCUGAGGUUUUAAAAACGGUGUGUGUGUAUCAGGAAUGAAACCACACACUGUUGACUGCGCAGGUAACAACACUUUACGUCUCCCACGAUCUAACCAAAACAAAAAGAGAAACUGUCCAGACACUUUCUACUUAAGAGAAAAUAACAUGACAUUACAUCCAGACGCCUCUGCGUUUGGAACCAAUAGGAAUGUAUUGCACUGUAUACCAGCUGGUACGAUUCAUACGUCAUCAUGCAGUCAAUUCGAUUCUCCACUCCGGUAAGAAUCAGAGUUUACCUUUGGCCUCAAAAAAUGUAUCCGACUUUACACACUAAUGUAUUUAAAUACUAAAUGCAUCCACACAUCGCAACUUUAUGAACAACUAAUUUUAAAUUCAGAGUGCAUAUUCUGUUCAACACGGCCUCAUCCACUGCAUUAAUAAUGUAAUAAAACAGACUUCACAGUGGCUAAAAAAAAAGGCGCUGCUUUAAAGAAAUUCUAAAGAAUUGUAUAGAAAUGCAUUGAUAAAGAUAUAAUUCUGAAAGUUUGAAAGCUCCGUUUUAGAGAUUACUAUUGUACGAUCUGUACAGUUGGUUCUGUGUAUAAAACGGUCUCUUGUGGCUGUUUUCCUGUACAGCAUCUUGGUUUGGUUUUCCUUUAACAAGCAGUGGAUUAACUCUUUGCCAUCCAAGACUGAGAUUUCUAUGUUAUGUCAUUUGUAUCAAUGUGUGUGACAUUCAUUAUGACUCCCGCCGCAGCUCAUCAUCAGGGCCAGUGUAAUAUUAGAUGUGUAAAUGCCUUGAUUUUGAUUGAAUGUAUACAAAAACAAAGGGUUUGAGGUCAUUAUUUGUGUUUUCCAGGAUGAUACAGUUUUUGUGGACUGUCAGGGUGUUUUAUUUUUUAUUUAACUAAUAGUACUCCUGUUGUGACUAAUAGAAAGUAUGUUUUGAUAGAUUACAACUCUGCAAAGGUUCUGAUCUAUAAAACUGGGCCUUUGAAUGACUAUGAUUAUAUUUGUGAGCCGAUAAAAAUUAACAUGUAAUAGAGGAAUGUUGGCCAACCUAGUAUGUUAAAAAAGGCAUAAAAACCAACCCUCCUGCAGUACUGUAUGUAUUUUUGUGUUAAUCUGAAGACUCAGCUGAGUGUACAUGUCUUUGAUGUAAACAUCGCUCUCCAUUUGUAUUUUUUUACUCAUGCAAUGAUUCAUGGAGCAUUCACUAUAAUACACUCAGGCUACGGCCCAAGCUGUGGUGUUCUGUGCUAAGUUGUGAA